AUGCCGCCUUCCACCUCAUCAGAUAAAUUGCCGCAAUAUUACCCUAGGUUUAACACCCCAACGGGCUGCCCUCGAACGCCUACAGAAAUCACUCAGGUGGCGAUGAUAGCCGACUUCCGUAUUCGCGCCGCUCUGUCCCAGUGCUGGGACCAUAACUACUUCCCCCCCGAGGACUGGGACGAAGAGACCAGAGACGCUGUGUACAUCGUGUCGCGGUUCUACUCUCCCCAGACGAACACGACCCUACCUUGGUUCGACGUCGUCUCGCAAGAUGGAGCCAGAAAACCAUGGGAAAAUGGUUUCGAGCUCACACGGGAAUGGCUAGACGAGCAUCCAAGCGAGUGGGAGGAGUUCUGGCCGGGUCUCGAAAUUGGAGGGAACAAAUGGUGGAAGGAAGCCGAAUUUGAGGAAGAGGCAAAACUUCAAGCCGGACUCUCGGAAAGGGGUGAUCUUAACGUUCGUGCUCGCUCUGUUGCUCGCAUCGAAUCGCCUCCUUCUGCGCAUGUUGCUAGCUCUUCGUCGCCCCCCCCACAUAUCCCAAACCAUCCCUCGGUGUGGCCCUCCGAAUUCUUUUUGCAAACCCCAGGUGCUGGCCCGUCCUCCGGCCCUGGCCAUGGGUAUGAUGCGGUUGCAGAAGAUGACGCAAACACCACGACGAACCCGAGGCAGAAUGAGAAUAGAGGAGACGGCCGUCGUACAGAGGGUGAAGAAGUCGAAGAGAACGACUUCAACCUCGACGAUUUACAGAUGGACUACCCGCCCUCCCGAGAAAGCUGGCGGCGUCUUUGCAGCGCCGUCGGUUUUCUCCUUCAAAAUGAGGCGUCGCGUCCCCGAGAGGGCCAUUGA